UUCAUAAACGGAUAUGAUAAACCAGCGCUGAAUACACCGGAGCAGCGACAACAGUCAGCUCUGACAAUGGCGGAAGAGGACGACGCAAGGAUUCGGAUUUUACAGAGCCUGCGGGGUAAAAUAUGUGAAGCUAAGAACCUAGGUCCAGUCUCAGGUCCAAAUAGACAAAGGGAUCUCUGCACCUUUUCCACCAUAAGUCUGGAUCAGGAGGAGGUGUUCCGCACCAAGGUGUUUGACAAAAGCGUCAGCCCUUUCUAUGGAGAGGACUUCUACUUUGAGAUCCCACGUCCAUUUCAGUGUUUAUCCUUCUACGUUUAUGCCAAGAGCGUUUUCCAAAGGGACCUACCUGUUGGUAAGGUGUCAAUCCGGAAGGAUGAUCUGUGUAAAUACAGUGGGAAGGAGCACUGGUUUAGCCUUCAGCCAGUAGAUCCUAACUCAGAAGUCCAGGGUAAGGUUCACUUGGAGAUGCGAUUGAAUGAAGUGAUCACAGAGAACGGCUCAAUAGGUCAACACUUACUAGUCCGGAUAAUAGAGUGCCAGGGACUGCCUUUGAUCAGUGGGCAGAACUGUGACCCGUAUGCCACCGUGUCACUUGUUGGACCUGCCAGGUCCGACCAAAAGAAAACAAAGGUAAAGAAGAAAACCAGCAACCCUCAUUUUGAAGAGACCUUCUUCUUUGAGGUCACACGGUCCAGCAGCUACUCUAAAAAGUCUCAUUUCCAAGUGGAGGAGGAGGACAUUGAAAAACUUGAGAUCAAAGUUGAUUUGUGGAACAAUGAGAAUCUGGCUCAGGAUGUGUUUCUGGGGGAGACGCGGGUCCCUGUCAAGAUCCUGCGAAGUGACCACAUCCACAAAGCCUGGUAUCUCCUCCAGCCCAAAGGGAAUGGCAGCAAGCCCAAGUCUGAUGAUUUGGGAUCCUUGCGUUUGAAGCUGACCUACAUAGAAGACACAGUGCUGCCAUCUGACUGCUACACACCACUCUGCAACCUGCUGCUCAAAUCCCCAGAUGUGAAGCCCAUCUCGGCGUCAGCAGCACACAUCUUGGGGGACAUCUGCAGAGAGCGAUACGAGGCUGUUCUGCCCACGGUUCGACUGCUGCUCCACCACAAUCGAUUUGUGCCUUUUGUCUCUGCUGUGGCAGCGCUAGAGCUGGACAACACUCAGGAGGCUAACACUAUAUUCCGUGGCAACUCCCUGGCAACACGGUGCAUUGAUGACAUGAUGAAGAUUGUGGGAAAAAAUUACCUGGCUGUUACCCUGAAGCCUGUAAUAGAUGAGAUUUGUGAAUCCAACAAAACAUGUGAGAUAGAUCCCAUUAAACUAAAGGAAGGCGACAACGUGGAGGUCAACAAGGAGAACCUUCAGGGUUAUGUCCAGAAAGUCUUUUCCUCCAUCACCCAGUCCAGUUCCAGCUGUCCCCCACUUAUGUGUGAUGUCUUCAGGUCACUGAGACACUUGGCCUGUAAACGCUUCCCAGCUGACCCUCAUGUUCAAUACUCAGCUGUUAGCAGCUUUGUGUUCCUGCGGUUCUUUGCUGUCGCUGUGCUUUCUCCACACUCCUUCCAACUUCGUUCCCACCAUCCUGAUCCUGAGAUUUCCCGCACUCUCACACUCAUCUCAAAAACAAUCCAGACUCUGGGCAGCUGGGGUAGUUUGUCCAAAAAACUGUCUAGUUUCAAAGAAACCUACAUGUAUGACUUCUUCAAAUCAUUCCAAGAAGACAAAUGCAUCGAAAAAGUUAAAAAGUUUCUUGAUGAGAUCUCCUCUAACGUCAGCAAGGAGUCCAGUGGGCUGGAGGACGCAGUGGUUCUCAAGGAGGGGGAAGUACAGAAACGAGCCCAGGGGAGAAAACGCCUUGGCAAGAAAAACUUUAAAAAGAGAUGGCUCAGUGUGACCAACAGGGAGCUCUCCUACCGUAAACAUAAAGGGAAAGAAGCCCUCUGCGUCAUCAAUGUCAAAAAUAUCCAGGCGGUGGAGAAACUGGAUGAAAGUGCCUUUAACCGCAAAAAUAUGUUUCAGGUGGUCCACUCUGAGAAGCCUCUGUAUGUGCAAGCAGGAAACUGUGUAGAGGCCAGUGAGUGGUUGGAGGUCCUGGGUCAGGUCAUCCGCUGCAACGAGGGACGCCUGGCCACCUUCCAUCCAUCAAAUUACACCAGUGGAGCCUGGCAGUGCUGCAAAAGCCAGAGUAACAACGCAGCAGGCUGUAAGCCGUGCACAGUCACCGUGCUGGCCAACCUGCAGUUGGACAUAGACUGUGACCGGGAAACAGAGAGAAUUUUCUCCCUCCUCUCCUCAAACGAUACCAAGCUCCAGAGCAUGGAGGAUGCAUGUGCCAGUAUGGCAGUGUACCAGGGCCCUCAGCGGGAGCAGGAGGAGUACUCCAAGUUCACUAUUCAGGAACCCAAAGAGACCUUUCAGACACUCAAACAACUCCGAAACAUCAUGGAGGAACUUCAGAGGCAGCACAACAUCAGGAGCGACACCACAGCACAGUACGGGAGCCUGGACAACCCCAUAGUAGGAAAAACCUCUUAACCAGGGCGGGGAGGUGUGGCCUGAGACAGCCAUACCAGCAGGUGUCAGUACACCACAGAGAGAACGCCCACUGGUGUGUCCCAGUGAUGAACGAACGAUACACCCUGACCUCCAGACAUCAUGAGUCCACUACAGCAGUGACAGCCUAAGAACGGGAACCAGAACGAGCUUGUGAGCUUUUCCAGGAUCUCUCCUCAGUCCUUGAAAUGAACAAACCCUUAGGUGUUGUCGUUUUCUUUGGCAGUUCGUCCUCUCAUCUCCUCUUCUCCUCUGCGUUGCGGGUCCCUUAUUAAGAGACUCUUUUCCUUGUCUUAAUUUAUGUCCUCUUUUUACAUCCACAGCUGUGUGAAAAAGGCAUCAUUAGAUGGUGUGUGAAUAGGCUGCUAAUUUUUUUUAUUCACCCAGUUUUAUAUCAACAGCUGUGAUGAUGCUCUCCCAAAUCUUUUAAGAUUUUGCUCUGACAUCUGUCCUUCGACUUGAUUGAUAAUCAUUAUCUUUCUGGAGGAUUGUCCUGUAUUUGUGCCCCUUUUAUCUUUCUCUACUCUUCUAGUGUCCUUCCUCUUCUGAACAAAUGUAUAUAUAUAUUUUCAGAGGACAGUUGAGUAGAUGAAACCGAUCUGCCUUACUUUGAUGGAUGUUUCUUUCACAUUAAAUGCUGAGGGAAUAAUGCAGAAGCACUUUAAAUAUUUGGAGCACUCCAAAUGGAAAUGAUUAGAUACUUGGUAUCAGCUUUCCCCAUUUUGAUCAGUUACAUGAUCUUGAGUAAAAAAAAUGUUUUGUUUCAUUCCUGUACAAUAACAUUUAUAGCCUGUAGAUUUUAAGAUAUUUUUCUCGACCAAAGACAAUUUCAUAUGUUUGACUUGAAAAAAAAAAAAGAAUUAAUGUAUUUUGAAUACAAAUGUUUUAAAAAUUGAGACUAUAUAUACACACUUUUUAGUGAAUUGAGGCAAGCAGACUGCAUGCGUUCAGUUUUAAGUCCUGAUAGCACAUGAUUGUGGUGUAGAGUUGUAUUUCCCUGUGAUUGUGAAUCGUAUUGGUACGGUGUACAUCAGAUCUGUGCUGUCAUGUUGAGAGCAUCGCAACAUAUCUAUAGUGGCUUAUGUAAGAAAUGAUGGAGAGUAAUCAAUCAGAAUAACAAUAAAUCUAACUAAAUUAAUCCAGACAAUCACAACAACCAACAAACACAUUAUGUCCUUUUCUUUCCUUUUCUUUCUCCAACCAGCAGCACUCUGCAGCUCCAGCUGUUGUACUUUUCGAGAAUUUGUUUGAAAUGUGGCACUCUGUGGCAUACAGUUUAAAAGUUAUAUUUUUAACUUUUCUUAACUGUUAGUCACAGCUCUGCACUGCCAGAACAGUCAAGUUUUGUUUUUGCUUUUUAAAGAUACAUUCAUUGAUAAUGAUAUGAUGCAUUAUCACACUCUUGAUGUGACUCAUAUCCUAGACACAUUUUUAUCCUAACCAUCAUAUCUUGCGGAAGUAGGGCUGCAUCUGAUCAAUACAGUAAUGGAAAAUAGUCUAUAAGCUGUCAAAAUUAAAUAUAAGUGCUUAUCACAAGUUAUCAGAGCCCAAUAUGGUGUCUUAAAAUUACUUUUUAAAUUUUUUCCCAUUGAUCAAACAGAAGUGUUCAGUUUAUUAUAUGAAAUUGAUACAAGCAACCAAAUCCUCAAAAUUUAAAGCUCUCACCAGCAAAUGUUAAACAUUUUUACAGAUUACUUUUGUCAGUCCACACGUUUUCUGACUAAUCGACGAUUAACCAACAAAUCAUUUUUUCUGCUGGAGAAAACUGAUGAACAAUCAGACUUUGAUUCAAUCCUGGUUUUGUGUUUUUGUUUUCCAUCAUUUGCCCAUUUGAACAAUGAAGUGUUGAAAAGAUACAAACGAAACUUGAAUUUAUUUUAACAACAAAAGUUGAACAUCUAAUGCUGAUAAUACAGGGUUAACCGUGUAUUUUUCUUUGCUUGUGGAAAUAAGUUGUUUUCAGAAGUUGUCUCUUUGGUCCGUCAUAUGUUUCUAACAUGCAUGUCUGUAUUUAACAAUAUAUUUUUCUAGGAAAAUGUUUUUGUAUCUUUUCUGUUUUUUAAAACACUGAUUUAAUGUGUUGUUAUACUGGUACGGUAACUUGUUUUUUGUCCACUUUUGUUUUUGUCCCUGAGUUGUUCCCUUUACUGACUGUAUGUGGUUGUAGCUGCUGCCAAACCUCCACUUGUUGAUAGCUUGACGCAGUGUUACUGAAGUGAAUAUUGUGUGUAAUGUCCCACGAGCUGCAGCUGGCAAUAUGUUCACAUGCAGGCUGUAGGUGAAUGAACUGCCUAAUCAGAGCCAAAAUACAACUGUAAAAUGAUUGAUUUUAAGAAAUUGAUCACUGGAUGAACUUUGCCUGUGCUUGUGAAAAGUUUUCAGUUGGACUAGUUGGGGGCGGGGGGACUGGACCAAAUUUCAACAAUAUGUGGAUCUGAAUCUAACUAAUCACAGCAUAAAGAUAUUGUUUGAUAUACUGUAUAAGCUUGCAUGUCAACUCCAUUGCUUUAAUAAGGGCCAGUAAACUAGUGGUUGAUGUCCUCUGGUAGUGUGCUCAUUUUCGUAUGAAGGUGAACAUGUUUUGGGUUUUUAUUUCCAUUUGCUUGGUCACUGAACUAUGCUUUUUAUCUAUUUUAAUAAGGGAAUUUUCUCCAUUUGUUUUUCCAUGUCUGCACAUUGUCCUAAAAUAUUAACAGUCCAUGUCAGGAUGCAGUUGAGAUGCAUGUGGAAACGCAUGCGGUGGCCUGGUAGUAGUUGAAGUGCAUUAGGACCGCUGUCUUCUUGAUUUUGACAUGUUAGAUUGUGGCCAGUUUCAUAUCGUAAUUUUACCAAACUGAAAGGGACACGUUCAUAUGUGCUUUGAACUAUCAUAUGAAUAACAUCAAUCAAGGUACCAGCUCGCACAUCUGAUGUGUGUUUCUGAGCACUUCAUAUUAAAUACAGAAAUGACAAAGUCCAGGUUUAUGCAAGAACAAAAAUUGUGUCCAUUCAGUGUCUGUAACCCAAGUUUACUUUCAACGACAACGAAAUAUAAAUUACUUUUCAAAUAUGGGCAUAAAAUCAUCUUGCAUUUGUUCUGUAAGAGUUGUAGCACAGAGCACGAGUACAAUUAACAUUGUGUUUGAAGACUUCAUGGGAUGUUCAGUGCACAAUCAGUAGGUGCAGACACAUUUCCAGCUCACUUCUUCUGAAUGUCUCCAUACUGUUUUAAGUACAAUGUAUGUUCUUUUUUUAUACAUUAAAUAUUUUAUUUUCCAUGGUCUUUUCUGUGUCCAUUUGAAACAAUUUACAAUAAACACUUUGCCAACGCUU